AUGAGCAUAUCCGGGUUUUUGGCGGUGUUUACAAGGACCUGCGGAACCGGGUUAUUGUGAAUAUUCGGGUUUUAAAAGGGUUACUGGCUGCAUUUAAACGCACUGAAUAUGAAAUGAUCAAGUGUUGUGCUGAUGCGGUUACUGCUGGGAUCAUUAAUGAGAUGAAACAUUCAAAAAUGUUUGCAGUGAUGGCUGACGAAGCUCGUGAUGGUCGUGUUGAGCAACUUGCUGUUUGUGUGUGUUAUGUGGGGUCUGAUGACACAGUGAAAGAGCGUUUUCUUCAGCUUUCCAACCUUGAGUCCUUUGAUGCUGUUUCCAUUGCAGACACCAUAGAAAAUGUGUUAGAAUCAAAUGGAUUGCAAGAACUGAAAUGUGUUGCACAAGCAUAUGAUGGAGCAGCAGUGAUGCGUGGUCCAGUUGGAGCAGUUCAGGCUCUUUUUCGUCAAAGGCAUCCAGAAGCAGUUUAUGUGCACUGCUAUGCUCAUGAACUUAAUUUGGUGCUGUGCCACACUUGCAAGGCUGUGUCAGACGCCAGUGAUUUCUUUAACACACUAGAGAGGUUGUACAGUUUCUUUAGUGUUUCUCUGAUCAAUCAUAAGGCUUUCACUGACAUGCAAAAAGUCUUGGGUUCAAAAGAGAGUCAGCUAGUUCAGCUAUCUAAGACUAGAUGGGCAUGCCAAAGUCUGUAACUUGUGU